AUGGGUGGAGCUGGAGCUGGAGAAGGUGCAGACAGGACGGGGAGAUCUCUGCAGACUCAAGAGUCCGGCACAACAGAAGCCAGGACAGGGUGCUCGCUCACGGCCUGGGGCGCAAGUUAUCUUCUGGCCGGCAGUCAGGGCCUGCGCUGCUUCCCACCCCGCCUCUGGAUUGGCCGAGAGGCAGAGGUCCUUCUUAAGGGCUGUUCGUGGACUCGAGUGUCUGUGCAGGCUGCAGGGGGGACGCCUCCUGCAGUGAGAUGGAGGGAAGGACAGGCUCUGAGCAGCGUAGCAGCGGGAAAACAGGCUCUUGGAAUAUGGCAGCAACCACACAGGUCCCUGCUGUCCCUAGAGAGAAGUACGCCUUCAGACGAGUGGUCAGCAGCUGAGGAUGAAGGCCAGCUGUCCCGCCUCCUCAGGAAAUCAAGAGACUCCCCGUUCGUCCCUGUGGGGGUGGCAGCUUUUAUGGCUGUGCUGUCCUGCGGUCUCUACAAGUUGAAGUCCAGAAGAGAUGAGAAGCUGUCCCAUCGUCUCAUCCACGUGCGGGUCGCUGCCCAAGGCUGCGCUGUGGGAGCCAUGACCCUAGGUGUUCUCUAGUCUAUGUAUAAGGACUACAUCAGACCUCGCUUCUUCAAUGUACCCAAAAAAUAA